AAAACCUCACCGAAUAGAAACGAUUCGGGUUUGUUGAGUUGGUUCGGAUUGGGAGGAUCAAGUUAUGACAGCAGAGAAGUAAAGCCAACACCUGAUCAGCAGCAGCUCAUCAAGAUAGCACAAAAUGUGAUACUGGAAUGCCAUCCGGAACAGCUGAUCGUCGAUGGAAAAUACCUGACGUCGUCAGCUCUUACCGAAUUAGUCAACGCUAUCGUACAAGCUUCAUCAGCUAUUGUUUCGCAGUCCGAGGGAAUGGCACCUUCACAACAAACGAAAAAGCUUAACGAACAGGAUGAAGAUGCAUUGGUAUUGUAUCUGGAACUGAUGGUGAGUAUAACGUUGGAAAACAAGGAUCGAUUGUCACAAAUAUGGCCAUCAGUUCAGCAUCACUUACAGUGGAUCAUGUCAACGUUCGGACGGAAUCCAGUUCUGGUCGAAAGGGCUGUUGUAGGAUUGUUGAGAUUAGCAAAUCGCAAUCUUUUCAGACUGAAGGAUGAUAUUGCUGAAGAAAUUCUGCAUUCGUUGGCUAUGUUAUUGGUAAUCUUUUACUUUAGAUCUUCUCUGAUGAGAAUUUUGUCCGAAACAGGAACGAUUGAGUCAUCGUUGUCAGUGAUUGAUAAUCCUCAGUGA